AAAAAGUUAAAAACAGAUCAGUCAAUGGUCAAACACAUCACAGACCUCCCAUGUCCUCCGCCCCCGGCGCAUGUUAGAACAAAGCCGCAUUAGAUCUCGUCACUCACCGCACAAGUCCCUAUCCAAUGAACCCCACCACUGAGUACUGCCCAUCCCCCACCCCCACAACACAAUAAACUCCCCUCGCUCCCUCCAUUUUCUUCCAAUUAUCCCCACCAACACCCCACAAAAUGGCUCACCAUACCACGCAACGGCGCAACUUAGCAAACCCAGAACCAGAACCCAAGCCAUCGUCCAUGGAUCCCACUCUCAAAAAGCACCCCAAACCCACCACCACCACCAAGACCACCCACCACCAGAUGAGAGCAAAACCAGAUCCCUCUAAACCCUCUUUCAUGUCCCACCAUCACAAAGUCCGUACACCCCAAAAGCCUACUAAUCCAACUUUUGUAGACACCCAUUUGCAGGCCAAAGCCAUGACAGUUUCUAUGGUUGAUUCCUCCAAGUUUUCCCUACCCAGACCAAAGCUAGAAAGAGAUAGUAGAGCGACAAAGGAUGUUUCUAAAGGCAAGUUCGAGAGAUCGUCCAAGGAAUUGGAUAAGAAGCUUCAUGUAGUGAAGGUGAAUGAGAAAAAGAAAGAACUUGAUGAAGGGCUUGAUUUUGAGGGACUAUCAGAGAAACUGAAGGAUAUAGAACUGGAGGAUCUUCAAGAUGGGCGUGAUGGUAAGAGACCGUCGGUUUCAUUGGCUAUGAGAGGAGGCAGAAGGAGGUCUUUCUGUGGCUCACGGGUGGAGCUAGCAGAUGUCUUUGCAAUCACUGGUGUGAAAGUGGUUUCAGUUGAUAUGCCACCGUUUAUGCAGAUCCAUGCUGCAGAAUGUGCAAGAAAGACUUGCGACAGUAUGGAAAAGUUAUCUUCCAAGACCCUUGCCUUAACUAUGAAGAAGGAAUUUGAUGGGGUGUAUGGGCCAGCAUGGCACUGUAUUGUGGGGACAAGCUUUGGGUCUUUUGUGACACAUUCAGUUGGUGGGUUUAUGUAUUUUUCAAUGGAUCAAAAGUUGUACAUCCUCAUGUUCAAGACCACUGUACAAAGAGCAGAUUGAUUUAGAUGAAUAGGAACACUUGGCAGAUAAACUAUUAUUAGAAUAGGUAGUUUUGGAAGGCUAAGGGUAGUUACCCUCCUGAAUGCACUGUGAUUGUACAUGGCUUUUGUUCAGGAAAACAGAUGGAAGUUUCUCUUUUCUUUUUGUUCAAUGACCUUUUUUAAGUGGUCUAAGAUAGUACUUACUUUGUAAUUGUUGGGUUUUAGUAAUAGAGAAUCCCUUUUUACUA